AUGGUUCCAGAAGAAGAGGCGUAUAGGAAACCAGACAACCAGAUUACCAGACAACCAGAUAGAUACCAAGUGUUUCAGAGAAGAAUGGAUGGAUCUGAAGAUUUCUACAGAACUUGGAACGAAUACAGAGACGGGUUUGGUGACGUAGAAAGAGAAUUCUGGGUCGGAAACGAGAUAAUUCACAAAAUCACAAGUAGGGCGGUUUACGAACUGCGGAUUGAUUUGGAGGAUUUUGAAGGCAAUACGCGCUAUGCGAUGUACUCUCCGUUUUCAUUGGCUAGCGAGGCGGAGAAAUAUACUCUUCACAUUGGCUUGUACAACGGAGAUGCAGAUCUGGAUUUGGAUUUGAAUCCCUUUACAAAUUGUGCCGUUCGCUUCCACGGAGCCUGGUGGUACAAUAGCUGCCACGCAUGCAACCUAAACGGCUUGUAUCUUGGAGGUCCGACUCACACGUAUGCCGAAGGAGUGACGUGGGAUGGAUGGAGAGGACAAUACUACUCUUUGAAGAGGACUGAGAUGAAAAUAAGACCAAUUAUUCCUUAA